AUGUCGCUCUGUGCUGUCCUCGGCGUCAGUGCCCUGCCCCCUACGCUGGACUACACGCCAGUGCUUCGCGCGCUCCGGAAGCCGCCUGACACUGUGGCAGUGAUGGUGCGGCUGCUGCAGCGUGACGACGCCCCGCUCUCAGACACGGAGCUACGCGAGUACUCUGAGCAGCUCCGUCUGGCCGGCGCGUCGGCUAUUGUGCUCAAGGGCGACGCGAGAGCGCUAGAUGUGCUCCUUGAGGAGCAGGCCGGCUCGGCAGGUGAGUACCCAGGCCCAUGCCCAGUGCUCUUUGAAGCAGCAGGGAGCUCCGGCGUUGCCGGCUGCCGCGCUCAGGCCCUCGUGGCGCGUAGCGGCACUGUCGCCGCGGGUGCGGCGGAAGCCAGCUCGCUGCCACUGGUUCCCUUGGCAGCGACUGCGGCAGAGCUGCAGGAGGCUCUCGCGACGCCAUCGCCGCUGAUCCUCUCCUCUGCAGCGGCAUGGGCCGAGCUCCCUGCUCCCGGGGCGAGUGAUGGUGCCCGCGCAGACGCUGCCGCCGGCGAGGCCGAGGGGUCGCGGGGAGAGGCGGGCUCCGGCGAGCGCGCGAGGGAGCUGCGCGGCGCGGGCUGUGCCGGCGUCGUAAUCGACUUCGACCCGCGCUCGUCGCUAUGCGGGCCCGAGGGCGUGCUCCGCCCCCUGCUCUCCAAGCGGAGCAGCGCCUUUGGCUCGCUCGGGCUCUCGCUCGGGAUGGGCAUGAGCGCAACCGUGGCGUCCGACUCGUACUGGAUCACAAAGCAGAUGAAGGAGGCGAAGGCCAGCCAGCGGCGGGCCGCCCUCUCCUCUGGCAAGCCACCUUCCGGAUUCGGCGAGUCCUGA